AGUGUGUGUGCUUUGACUGUCUCGAAUCAGUCAUAAUGUAAUCUCAUGUUAAACCCGUUAAGUUUCCAUAGCUGAAAACCUUUUAGUGGCACUGCUUUGGGCGAGUGUAUGAUACAAGAAAAACGGGUUUCACGACAUUUUCAUACUUGAAAGGAGAUAUAACUGGCAGAGAGCGGCUGUGCUGGGCACAACUGGCCUGAAUUUUCUCUUGGUUUUUGCAACAGAUUUUUUUUAUCCCACUUUUUGCCAUCUGAAAAUGACCAUUACAAGAUUCUCAAUCGAAUACGAUGCCAUCAACAGCAAAAACACCUUCACGAAUGGAGAUAUCAUUAAUGGAAGAAUUAUUGUGGAGGUGUCUGGUGAAACCAAAAUCCAAUCGCUGAUUUUUAGAGGACAAGGAAGAGCGAAGGUAUGCUGGACUGAGAAUUACGGAGAGGGUGAUUACCGCCAUUACUGGGCUACUGAGACAUAUUAUGACAUCAAACAACAUGUCUUGAGAAAAUCAAGAAACGAUGGCACUGAAGUCAUUGAAAAAGGAAUGCACGUGUUUCCUUUUUCGUUCAGGAUUCCUGAUGGAAUACUGCCAUCAACCUAUAAAGGAGCCCAUGGAAAAAUUGUUCAUAAGGUGAAAGCAGAGCUCACACAAUCAAUUACAAGAAAAACUAAGGCCCACUUCACUUUUGUGUCCAAGGCAGACUUGGGUAUUCCUGGACUUCUGGAACCUCAGUAUACUUGUAAGGAUAAAUCUGUUUUGGGCUCUGGAAAGGUUUCAGUAGAUGUCCAUACCACUCAGAUGGGAUACAUGCAAGGCGAAGCUCUCGUGGUCACAGUUGAAAUCAACAACAACUCGAGUCGCACAGUGAAGCCCAAAUUCAAACUGUAUCAGAAACACAGUUUCUUCGCCCAGGGCAACAGGACAGUUUACACACACGGCAUCCUUAAGGAUAAGGCUGAGGCUGUUGAAGCAUCUUCUGGCAGAAAAACUGUGACCAAGGUGAUCACCAUCCCUAGAGACCUACCCCCCUCCAUCUUGAACAGCCACAUCAUCAACCUGGAGUACAUGCUGAAGGUCCAACUGAAAAUCAAAUGUUCCAUUGAUCCAAAGCUCAAACUUCCUAUAGUUAUCAUGCCUGCAGUUGUGAAACAACCACAUGCUUCUGCUGGCAUUGGAUUUGACACUUUUAGGAACCCAGAAAAUCCAGCCUGGGGAACUGCACCCCAGCAAACACCACCCCAGUGUGGAGAUCUUCCACCUCCCUAUGGAGCACAUGCGACGUACCCCACUAUCACUCUCAAUGAUGAUGGCAUUGAGAUGUUUACUUUUUGAACUGUGUGGAUCAAAGUGUAGGGAGUACCUUCUAACAGACCCAUUAAGAUACAUUAUAUUUUCAGUGAGGAGCUUGUUUCAACAGCAGAAAAGACCCCACUAUUUCAGACAGUCCUUGGGACCCUCAUGGUUCAAAAAGUAUUUUGACCAGAGUUACAGUCUUGGAAAAUUAUGUAUGAUUAGAAGUGAAACCAUUUACCUGUCUGUGGAGAAUUCGCCCACAUUUCAACUGAUCUAACGUAAUCUACUGUCUCUGUGUUUAGUCUGUGUAGAUUAUCUCCCUACUAAAACCGCAGUUAGUAUUAAAAUAAAACCCACAAAACACUUAAAGAUUUAAAACUCUUUUACCUGGUAUGUCACUCACUCGCUGACACACACACACACACACACACACACACUGAAAAUAUUCCGUUUUUUCAUUUGAGAUUCUUGAGUUUAGACAUUUAAAAUAGAUAUUCCAAGUCUUCCUGUGAUUUAAAGAAUAUGAACAUUCAAUAUUAAUUCAGAUGUGUGCUAGUUUCUUUUGUCAUUAGACAGUUUUUCUUAUGUACAUUUUCAAGAUGUUGAGCUAGUUUUCAAGUUCUUCUGUGUGAAUUUCAGUUCUGCAUUUUGGCUGUCAGGUGAAUGAUUCAGUGUAUUUCAGCACUUUUUAACUAAACUGAUUCACACAAAGUUGUGCUAAAACCUUUAAUUAUUCAUUUUUUAAGUUUUAUUGCUUAAACACUGUAUAUCAAAUGCAGUAUGACACACUAAACAAGUUGGAUUGGUCUCUGUUUUUAGACUUUCACUCUCUAACACCUAAUUCAAAACAAAGUUUCCAUCUUAUGUACCUUUUAUGGUUAGGAUAAGAUUAAAUUAAUUUUAUUGUGACAUUUUUUCAGUAUUCAAACACAUUCAAAAUCUUUCACUUUUAACAUCAUAUUAGAACAUUAAAAACAACAGUCGUUUGAUAAAAAUCAACACAAAAGUGACAUCAUGUUGCCCUCAAAAAUCUGUUGUUUGAAUUUUCUACACCAAUUUUUCAUCACUUAGCUUGAUCAUUAAGUAAUACAAUACGAUACCAUUACCAGUGACACAGGAGACAUUCAUUUAGCUUGCAAGGCUUCUGGCUAGAGUUACCUUUGUGAAAGCAACACCUGCAGGCUUGAUCACAUGAUACUGUGUGACGCAGAUACAGCUUCUGACGAAGGUCCACUGCCCCACUGAAUACGCCUGCCUUACUGGCAUCCUUAUUCGUCAAAGAAAGACUCCAUCUCAGCGGAUCAAGUCAAACCUGCUUGCAGUAAAUUGUUGGGAUUUAAUUUCAACUAAAAGAGGAUUCUCUCACUUUCACUCCAUAAGAAGACCGUUUGAUAUAUCCUUCUAAUGACCGUCAAGCAUCUCUUUGUGGAAUUCAACAAGGUGAACGAACAAGGCACCUUCUCCUCCGGGGACAUCCUCUCUGGAAAUGUGAUAGUGGUGACCAGCAAGGAAAUCAAAGUGCAGUGUUUUUUGGUCAAAGCCAAAGGGAAGGCUAAGGUAACUUGGCAUGAAAAAGAAGGAGAUGAUAUUGUGGCCCACAGCAACAAGAAGAAAUACUUUUAUUUUGAACACAUUAUUCUUCAAGAUAAAAAGGGAGAUGGUUCAGUAAUCAUCAGCCCUGGGAGGAAUGUGUAUUCAUUCAACUUUGUAAUUCCAGAUGUAGACAUGCCUUCAUCUUAUGAAGGGAAAUGGGGCAGGAUCACAUACAGUUUGCGAGCACAGCUUACUCAGUCGAUUUGGCUCGUACACAAAACCAAGACUGAGUUUCCUUUUCGGACCAAGUCUGAGUUCCCCUUUGCCUCCAAAUCAGAAAUGAUUAUCACUGGACUUCAGGAGCAACAACUUGCAACUAGGAUUUCAUUUUAUGGCUCUGGAAAGGUGACUAUGAAUGUUACCUCAGAAAAAAUGGGAUUAAAGCAAGGUGAGGCAAUGAGAGUCUCUGUGGAAGUGCUCAAUGAUUCAGCACAUGCGGUAAUACCCAAAUUCUACCUGUGUGAGAAGCAGACCUUUGUUGCUCAGUCAAAGAGGAAAGUGCACACAAAUGACAUCCUGUUUGGGACAGGAGAGCCUGUUCCGGCUGAAACCAGUCAGACCACCACCAAAGUUCUUAGUAUCCCUCCGCAGCUCCCUCCUACCUUCUUCAACUGCUGCAUGAUGAAGCUGGAGUACAGACUCAAGGUUACCCUUGAUGUCCCUCUGUCAAGAGAGCCUGUAAUCAAACUCCCUCUGGUCAUCCUGCUGGGUUUACCAAAACCACAUGAGAAAAAGACGAAAAAGGGAUCCAUCUGGUUUAGAAAGCUUCCUGGUUAGAAGGAUGUGUUAGAUCACCAGGAAGUGGCUUGCAUGUUCUUUGAAAUGAAUAUCAGGACUGAAAAUAAAAACAUGAGUAACUCUGCUCCUCAACACUGUGUUUAAAUAAGUGGAUGUUUGAACUACCUCAAGGGGGCAACUUCCCAAAUGUCCACUAGGUGGAGAUGUGGGCCACAUCAGUUGAUCAAUUUGAGGCUUUUUCACAUUUUUCUCUACAAAAAUCUAAACGAGAGAGUGUGUAUUCUUCAACACUGUAUCCCACAACCAAAGAAAGUAAUGCAGGUAUCAAACCAUAAGAGGCUGAUCAAUCUUACACAUUUCACAACUUAAUGCCUUUAAAACCACACUCAAAUGUCAAAAACUCAAUACACCCCUGUGCACUUUUAUAUUCAUUACUGAUGAACAGUGUAACUGAACCUUCACCAGAGGCCAAAAAUGUUUAGUGACUGAAAUAAGAGUGCCUUUGUUCCAUGGUUGUAGUUAAGAUUUCCUGGAUUUGGGUUUUAAUAUUUCCUCCUGUCCUACUGAACAGCACCUGUCAGAUCACGCAUCAGCACCAGGAACUACUUCCUCU